CUUUUGUUUGAUCAAGAUAAGGAAGUUAUAUCAAUUGUUUUGAAAUUCGGAAUUUAAACAUUUUCUGGUUACACUGGGCGCGACCGUUUAUCUGCUGAGAAAGAUUUCUAUCAUACAGCCGAGCAUUUUUUUUUGGCCAGGAACAAUCUCCAGAAAAAAACGGCUUCAUAAAUUUGCAGUGAAUUGAAACAGUUUUCAAGUUCGUAGCCAGAAAAAUGUCUGUCCAGCCAAUAGUUGAGUUUCGUCAAGUGAACAUCAAGAAUUCAGACAAAGACUUCGGAUUUGAGACUGAACAACUGAUGAACGGACUCCGAAACGAAGGGUUUGUGUACAUCACAGACAUACCAGGCUUCGACGAAGAUGAAUUGUUCCGCCUCACUAACAAACUGUUUGCACUUGAAGCAGAAAAGAAGAUGGCGAUAGCUAAACAUACAUUCAACUCCAUUAAUAUUAAUCAUUACCGAGGAUACUUCCCCCUAAUCCCAGGGGGUCACUCCUACAAGGAGGCUUUCGAAUUCGGAUCUUUCAACUUCCCCCUCAACAAUGGCAAAGGACUGCGCAUGACCUCGAGUGGUAGGCCAUACAUGCAAGACGUCCUACAUGAGCCCAAUGUGUGGCCUGAAUUUGACACAGAGACAGAGACACACGAGUUUAAGACAGGCAUGCAGACUUUCUUCACUUUGAUGACGAGUGUCUCUCAGCGACUCCUGAAGAUGCUAUCUAUGGGGAUGGGAAUGAAAGAGGAUUUUUGGGAACACUUUUGUGGCAGGGGGGACUAUAUGUCUACCUUCAGACUGCUCCACUACCCAACUAGAACUCAUCUGAAGUCAGAGGAAAUUCCCCCCGUUGCCAGGGAAGAAGAUGGCACCCUUGUUACUACAGGACAACACUCAGACACCAGUUUCAUGACGCUCCUCAGCACGUUCCAGAAUCCUGGACUCCAAGUGCACCUCAGAGAUCCGAAAAUUGAGGGAGCAAUGCGAUGGGUUGAUGUUCCCAAUCGGAAGAAUUGCCUCGUCAUGAACAUCGGAAGGCUCUUAGCCAAACUCACAGACGGUGAGUUGCAGGCCACUAUGCACCGGGUAGUGGACAUUGGAGAGGAGAGAUACUCGGCGCCCUAUUUCUUCGAGCCGUCCUUCUUCGCCGACAUCUCCCGAACAGUGUCUGGGCAAGAGAUGAAGGAGGAGGGCGAGGAUGAGAUAGAGGCCACCAAAAGGCACAUCAAAGAAACAAGUGGAGGCGGUGAGAGAGUGAAUGAAGAGUUCAAAUGGGUGUAUGGACCCUGGAUGGCCUGUAAUGCGGCCAAGUUCGCAGAAUGGAAGACCACAGACUUCGGAAUUCCAAUCAGAGAGUAAAUUGAUAGGAAUGAAUUGAGCUUUUUAUACGACGAACUGUUAGAAGUACAAGACUGCUCGUACCAAGGCAAAACUCUUAAUAUAUUACUAAAUUGCUUUCAAGCUAGUGUACCAGUUUGUGCUUGUUAUAAAAACGCAUUUAUAACCAUUAAACAUUAACCUGAGAUAUAGUCAUGA